AUGCAUAGAAUUAUACCUGAUGAAGAUCAAGAAUUAAUGCAUAUUCAACAUAUGCAUGUGAAUGGUGAAGCUAAUGGCAAUGAUAAUGAUAAUGAUGAUAACGAUUCAGAUAAUGGAAGUAAUGAGACUGAAAGUGACGUGGAAACGUAUAUAAGUGAUGAACAAAUGCCACCAUCAUCAGAUGACCAAUUCCCACAUGUAUACGACAAUAGUAGCCAAUGGGAUGAGAAUAUAGAUCCAAAUGAAUUUUUACGACAACUGAUACAUGGUGAUGCAUGCAAUAAUAUUGAAAAUGAAUAUGAUAAUAGAAAUGAGAAUAUGAUCAGUUCACGAAUUGGUCAAUCGAGUCAAGCAAUUGGUCAAGCAAUGAAUCGAUCAAUUACUGAUGGAGAAUCUGGCAUUGAUGAUGAUACAAAUUGGACAACUUCUUCGGAUGUAAAUUUUCUUCUCUAA